AUGGCUGCAGUGUGCGCUACUGCGCAGGAUGCAAGCCGGGGCAGCGUCGAGGUCGACGAGCGAGAUGGCAGCUCGUCCUUGGCUCCACGAGGCAGAUCAGGCCUCAGAGCUGCCUUGGAGUUGCAGCAGGCGCCUGCUUACAGCGCUUACCACGACGCGGCCUCGGUCGACGAAAUCAAAUAG